AAAAAAAUCAAAUGUAAUAAGUGACUCCUGCUUAUGUAAGAAGUUUGAAUGGAAUCACACAAGAGUAUUUGAUAGAUAUAAAUAAGUUUUUUGUGUCCAGUGAAUGCAAACACUUACAAUAUUUAAUUCUUGAAAUUUAGAAUUAGAGAUAUGGAUUCAGGAUAGACAUUAUUUGAGGUAGAGAGAGAUCAGGAUGAAGAGUCAAUAGGUAUUUAUUUUAUGUUAAUUUAUGAUAGAAAAUUUACCUCCUGAAUAUCAAGACGAGGCUAGGAGAAUAAAAUAUCAUUUUGGACCUUAAUUUUUUGAAUUAAAGACUGUAGGUGCAUAAUUGACUUUUUCUGUGGGUAACAAGCCAGUGAAGAACUUUACAAUAAUAGAGCGACAUUAUUUUAGGGAUCAUCUAUUAAGAAGCUAUGAAUUCCAAUUUCCUUUUUGCAUACCAAACUCAACAAACACUUGGGAACACAUUUAUACAAUUCCAGAGAUAGAUGAAGCAAUGGUAAUGAAUAUUAGUAUAAAUUUAUAGAGAUAAGAAAUGAUAAAUAAUCCAUUUUAGACAAAAUCAGAUAGUUUUUAUUUUGUUGGAGAUCAAUUGGUAAUGCAUAAUAAGGCAGAAUACGAUUAUUCACCUUUUGAUUGAUAUAUAU